UGAGGACACCAAGGUUAAAGGGAAAGCUGCAAUUGACGUGGUCUGCAACCCAUUAGGAAAAUCAGGAGGAGCUCUAAUCCAGCAGUUCAUGAUCUUAUCCUUUGGAUCACUAGCGAAUUCAACGCCAUAUCUAGGAAUGAUCUUGUUGGUUAUAGUGACUGCAUGGUUAGCUGCAGCGAAGUCGCUGGAGGGACAGUUCAACAGCUUGCGGUCAGAAGAAGAGCUUGAGAAGGAAAUGGAGAGAGCUUCAUCAGUGAAGAUCCCUGUUGUGUCUCAAGACGAAAGCGAGAAUGGUUCCCUAGGAGAAUCUCCAAGCAGUUCGCCAGAGGAGUCAGCUCCCACCAACAUGUAGAAAGGGUUUCUUUUGAUAUUGGUUUUGUUGGGGGAAGGUAAUUAGGGGAAAAGGAAAGAAGGAUGAAUCAAAAAAAUAAAGAUCUUGAGAGUGAGAAAGAUCAAUCUCUCAAACAAUCAUGGCCCUUUUUGCACCACUGUCUUUAGUCUUGUUAGCUUAUUUGAACAUUCUUUUCAGUUCAAUGUGGUAUUACGUUCACACUGAUAAACCUGUGUCUGUGUGUAUUGAUUAAGUAACAUGACUUUAAUAUGAAUAAGUUUAGAUUUUAGUU